AUGGAGAAUUCAUCGGCCUCCUCGCAAUCGUCCCCCAAGGUGCGUUGUAAACCCGGAAACACCAAUAACCCCCAAGGUGAGUUGAGGUGCGACCACGAUCUUCCAGUGGAGCAUUUCACAUCCAAGACCGAGUUGAACCCUUUUCAGAGGUUCUACUGCUGCCGAAUUCGUGAUAUUGAAGAUUGUGGUGUUUGGCACUGGAUAGAUCCAGAGCUCACUUCGCACUACAAGGGCUGUUUCCACAAUUUGCAGGUUCAAAGGAACAGAGCCCGUCAGCUUCUUGACAUAAAUGGCAUGAGGGCACAAGUGGAAUCAUUGACGUUGGAAGCUUCUGCGUUGAAGGAAGAACUUGCCCUUCAAAUUGAAGCCUUUAGAGAGCUCAAGAAGCAGAAUGCUGCAAUGGAGGUGAUGAUGGCCAAAUUGCACAGGAAGAAUAAGAUUUUCUUGUUGUUCUUGUUAUUGUUGGGUGUGUGGAUUUAUCUAUGA